AUGUUAUAACAAAACUAGGUAAUGUAUCAGUAACAUCCAAAUUAAUAAAUGCCUGCACAAUAGCAUCGGGAUUACAAUGUUCCUCCCCCAGGUAUUGCUAGGAUCCAUUAAUUUUUAAGGUUACAAAGCACCAAGGUAUCCCAGAGAAGAGUUGCCUGAAAAUCAAGAGCAGAAUUUGGAUUUGGGUGGUUCAUAUUAGAGUUAUCUGUAUAAUUGUGGGGAAUGUUGCGGCAAUUGCAAGGCAGUUUGUCCAUGCAAUCCAUUUGUUGAAUACCCGUAUGUUCAAGUUGAAUAGAGCUUUGUCGGAGUAUAUUUACGUUUUGGUAAGUACAUAAAGACAGGUAUACAAAUUCAAAUUACAUAGUGUAACCGGGAUUGAUAUACAUAAAUCCUUGCACUGACACAAUAUAGAAGGUGGAUUGCAAGGUUCAGAUGAUAGAUUGCCCAAGAUAAUAAGUUAUGACAAAAGAUAACAUUUUGGUUAGCAUCGACGCGACAGUUUACUAUCGGAUAGUCAUACCCAGGAGAUCAAUCUUCUACAUCAACGAUUUGCAUUAAGCAGUGACUCAAUUGACAUUGGCUACAAUAAAGAGCAUCGCAGGAUCACACACUUUGUAAGACCUCUUGGAGAAGAGAGCCGAGGUGCAACAACAAAUAGAGGGUUUUGUGGACGAGCAUGUGUGGGAAUGGGGAAUAGACAUAGAAAAUAUGUUAAUCAAGGAUAUCCAAUUGAAUGCUGAUCUAUAGAAUACCUUGUCGAUGGCAGCCAAGGAAUAGAGAGCUGCUUAGGCCAAGGUGAUUUCAGCUUAAGGAGAUGUGCAAUCAGCCAAAUUGAUGAGGCAGGCUGCAGAAUUGUUGGAUUCCAAGGCAGCUAUGCAAAUUAGAUACUUAGAUACUAUAACAACCUUGGGGUAAUAGGGAUCAACCAAAGUAGUGUUGCUUCCUACAGAUUCUAAAUGA